CGCAGGCUUUGCAGUUUAAAUGCUCGAGCUACUAGCAUUUACCUGCAAGAUUCCUUCCCCCUCUGGCGUCUCUCUGCAUCGCGCGGUUGGCCGGCUCUGAACUCCCGUCCUGCAUUGCCCGUGCGGUCCUCGUAGUCGUGCUCGUGCCUCUCGAUUGCUGCAUAGAGUUGGCCUGUUAUUUUAGCUGCGUUUCAGCGUUUCUGCUUGGAAACCUUCGAGUUCAUGGUGUGUUUCUUCUGCAAGAACCGCAGACUUCGGUAAGGGGUUUCCUUUUGCUUUUGCUUUCGGAGAAUUCGUUUGGGCUUGAGCAUAUGUCUCAUUGGUUUCCAUUCUUCCUAGUUUUGUACGUUUUCUCGUCUUUUUAUCAUCGUCUCUCUGUCUUUCCACCGAUUAAAUUUGCAGAGAACAAAAUUGGGUCUUAAAAAAAUGUGCCACUAGUGGUAUCUCGUUAUUCUCACUGUCGCCAGCCACUGCAUCCUUCUGUUGUUGUCGUCGACUGCAUCGUUCUGUAGUUGUCUUACUCACCACUGAGCUCUGAUUAACUUAAUCCUAGCUCGAGCUUUGGUAUAUCCUUAUCCCAUAGAGCACAAAGCUGUGUCCCUUUUGCCUUCUCUCACCUCUGAGCUGUGAAGUUUAGUUUACCACUGUGUAUCUGGCACCAAAAGUGCAACCUUUAAAAGGCUUUUCGUGCUGAAAGAUUCCUUUUGAUCAUAAUCAUAGAUUUGUACUAAUUAGUUUUCAGCUCGGUGCAUUGGCUUUAUGUUACCACCUGAUCUUUGCUACAUUCCACUUUUCCAUCUUGCCUGUUGUUCUGUCACCAUCGUUUCAUAUCGUUGGGCGUGCCGGCUAACUUCCUUUGGUUUCUAUAAACAACAACAGGGCCAUGAACUGUGCUCUGCUCCCCUUGCACAAUGUAUAUGGCCUAUGCCUGCAAAAGCCCAGCUUUAGGCAUGUGUGUUUUCUCUGAAAGGACAGCAUCUUGCUACAGCGAUAUACUCUGAGUCUGACGUCGUGCCCGAGUUCAAAAUUAAGGCUUGAAAAUUUUCAAAAAUUGAUGCUGAUGCUAAGACCUAGGAGCACCCCAAAGCUCUUGACUCUGGUUAACUGUCUAUAUAUCCACCCACUCCGCUAGUGGAUGGUACCAGCUAACUGUCUAUGCUCCUGUCUUUCAGUUAGACUUCUCUAGGCUUUAUAGAUCUCAGGAGUAUGUAUAAAUGUUGCCAUGCUUGGAGGUCGCGUUUAUGAUCAGAAGAAGGCAAUGAUCAACUUAUUCGACCUCAGUGCAGGGAUGUCUAGCACGAACGUGCUCACAGAUCGAGCUCGUACAGAUGGUUCUCCAGCAUGUAGAAACAAGCAAGCUGUCAAGAGAACAGUUGAUUCUGCUAAAGUCUAUGCCGAUGAUAAAGUAGGAGCUAGUAACUGGAGCUCAUCAAGAAAUAAAUCAAAUGCAUCUCCAUUGAAUGUGGCAUUAGAAAAGGAGAUGUCCAAGGAAUUGGAGGCAAAGAAGUCACCAAGUGUGGUUGCCAGAUUAAUGGGACUUGAAGAAGAUCUACCUGGCCAAGAGCCAACAUUACAUUUUCCUAAAAGAAAUGUGAAGAAAAGACAUUUAAAUGGCAAUUUAGUCGAAACAAACAAUCUCCAUCAACAUCAAGAGCAGUACCAUUCCAGUAUGACAACAUGUGACAAACACAUAGGUCCCAACGAAACAGUUGAAUUUAAGGAUGUUUAUGAAGUCAGUGAAGAACCAUUGAGAACAUACCAUCUUCAGGACCAAACUUUUCCUAGGGAAAUGUCUUCCAGGAGCAAGAGGGACAUAAGGAUGGAAAUUGUUCGUCAGAAGUUCAUGGAAGCAAAGCGUCUUGCUACAAAUGAGAAACUCCUCCAUUCAAAGGAAUUUCAAGAAGCUGUUGAGAUUCUAAGUUCUAAUAGAGAUUUGUUUCUUAAGUUUCUUGAGGAGCCAAACUCUACUUUCUCAAAGCAGCUAGCUGGACUUCACAGAAGCCCGUCACCACCUCAGACAAAGCGUAUUACUGUGCUGAAACCAACUAAACUUGUUGAGAGUGAAUACAGAAGGGAAAUCAGAACACACAGAAUAAAUGAAGAAAAUGAACACGUGAUGCGGAGGACACACCGGAGAUCUCAUUCAGAAGAAGUUAAUUUAUCCCAGCCAACUAGGAUAGUGGUCCUGAAGCCUAGUCCUGGCAAGCCUAGUAGAACAAUGGCCAGGCUAACACCCCAAGCAGCCCCAGCUCAGUUGACUGAGCAGAUAGGUUUUUAUGGAGGUUUAGAAGAUGACAAUUACCUGCCAGAUGGUCUACAUCGGCGGGAUGAGUCUUUAUUAUCUUCUGUAUACUCAAAUGGCUAUGGUGGAGAUGAAAGUUCUUUCAGCAGAUCAGAAGUUGACUACAUUGAUGAAGAAGAUGGUAACCUAAGUGACUCGGAGAUUGUUAGCCCAGUGUCGCGGCAUUCAUGGGAUCACUUCAAAAGAUACAACAGUCCUUACUCAGGCUCAACUUUUAGCAGAACAUCACGGUCACCUGAGUCAUCUGUGAUAAGGGAAGCCAAAAAACGGCUUUCAGAAAGAUGGGCGUCAGUAGCAUAUAAUGAGAUCAACCAAGAAAAGGUGCAAUUACCAAGAAGCUCAAGCACUUUGGGAGAAAUGCUUUCCCUUCGAGGAGUCAAGAAAGAAGUUGGUGGUAUGGGUUCUGUUUCAAGUGGUCGGCCAUGUGAUGCAGAGAAUGAGAUGACCCUGCAGGCUACGUGUAUAACUGCUCUUAGAGAGAAUGAAGGAGAUGGUCAGAGCUCUCCAAAGACUUUAGCAAGAUCAAAAUCUGUCCCAGUGUCAUCGUCCAUGUUUGAUAACAUAGCACCAAAUGCCCCAUCAUCCAAUUGUGAAGGCUGUAAAACACCAAACUUGGCUACAAGGUCAGAUAAAGCUAAGUCAUCAUUCAAAGGGAUAGUUUCGAGUUUUUUCUUCCCUAAAAGUAAAAGGCAGUCAAAAGAGAAAAUCAUCCUAUCUUCUAGCUCUGAUGGGAAAGUUGAAGUCACUUGUUUUGGCAGCAUGAAACCACAGGGUGGUCAUGAUAUUGGUGCUAUGCCAUUUUGUGAGGACAAAGCUGAUAGUUCUACUACUCAAACAAUAUGUUCUUCAAAAGAUAUUGUUUCUAUUGAAGUACCUAUUUCUUCCGCCUGUCCAAGCGAACAUCUUGAUGUACUGAGAUCAGGUGGUCUGAAUGGUAGCUGUGAUAAGCCUAGUCCUACUUCAGUUCUUGAUGUAUCAUUUGAAGAUAGCAACAUUAAUGAAUCUGAAUCAUCAAGAAGCAUUCCUUGUAGCAAUGAGAGAAUUGCCUUACGAUCUGAUGCAAUUGAAUCUAUCACACGCUCAUUAUCAUGGGAGGAUAUGAGCUCAACUUCACCUUUACUUGAUUUGACAAACUUAACCCCUCUCUCAAGCAUGGACAAUGAUGAACUUGAAUGUGUUGCCUUUGUACAAAAGAUUGUAUCAUCUGCUGGGUUAGGUGAUCUGGAGUUGGGUAUGGUCUUCACAGGUUGGUACUUGCCUGAUUGCCCUCUAGACCCUGCAUUGUGUGACAAAUUAUUGGACCGGAAGGAGGAGGCUGCUAAGUCAAGGGAGCGAAGGUCGAACCAAAAGCUUCUUUUUGAUUAUGUGAAUAUGGCAUUAGUUGAGAUUGGCCAUGACACCUUACUAUCUGCCUACCCCUGGAGGCAAGCGCACUCAAUGGCCUGGAAGGAGACCCUUCCUCAAGCUUUGGUGGAAGAAGUACCACAGCAUAUGAGGGACUGGCUCUAUGGACUAGGAAAGUUUGCGGUAAAUGAGAACGACGACGCUGGAUCAAUACUGGAAAGAAUCAUGCAGCAGGAGGUGGAAGGAAGAGGUUGGGUGAAGUCCAUGAGAUGGGAAUUGGAUGAAAUCAUGGAGCAGAUUGCAGGGAAGGUGCUGGAGGAACUAGUAGAAGAAGCCACGGAGGAUCUCGGAAUUUGUUCUCUGUGGCCAGAAACGCCAUUGACGAUACCGAAUCUGUAGGUAGCAAUUGCUCUAUGUAUGAGAAAUGAGAACUGCUCUUAAAAUUAUUUUGUGCUGAAAAAAGUCUCGAGUAUCUUCAUCUCU